CUUCAAGUUCGAAUUCUUCCCCUUCCACUCUUGUUUGCGCUGAAACAUCUUUCCAACGGGGCCGGACGGCCGCCAUCCAUCGACACAAUCCCUGUGUACAAUGCUGUGUUCUUGUCGAUGCAGCAGAAGCUGCCCCGAUUUUGACCGUAGGCGCAGCAGAAUUCGGCAACUAGCUACAAGGUCUUUGUGAUGCCACUGCUGGAUGUCUGUCCCUGCUGAUCGAUCAGUUGUCUCGCUGCUCAUCGCGCUGACCCUCCUCGCGGGGCUCUGCACAUGUAGCGCCUCGCACAUCAAUCACGGCAGGGCCAAAGCCAUCAUCCAGUUGGCAACGACCGUCGGUAGCGCGGGGCGCGCGCGCACACAGAAAUUCACACCGAGACAGACAGAGAGACAGACGAUUAUUGGUGCAUCCGAUCAAUGUGAUGCAGCUCGCGACGAAAAAAUGACCGAGUGCACCAAAGACGAUGACUGCAAAGAGAUCCGGAUUGAUGGCAAACAGACGAAGUGCUACGAGCAGCGCUGGAACUUUAAAACAAAGACAGCGGUGAAACCCCCAAAGGGUUUUUGCAAGGUGGGACAACGCAAUGAGUGAGUGAGCGAGUGAGUCAUGGACAAGCCAUUCACUUGUUAUAUAUGUAUAUGUAUAUGCAUAUGAAUAUGUGUGUGUCCAUACAGACAGCAGGAGAACGCGGAGACCGGUGGGCGGGCAAAGACACAUAGCCUGAGUCGGACAUCAUGUGGAUUGAUUGUCUGUGCGCGCGUGUGUGUGUGUGCUAACUGCGAUGCAUGUCUGCAGCUGGUAAGCCACACGUAAGCAUAUGUACAUCUUCAUACAUUCUGCACGUGUGCAUCUGUACAGCUCGCCGUCCCAUACAUGUGGAACAUACAGUGGACACAAAAAGGUACCGAGGCGAGACAUGGUAGGAACGUACUUGGCAAGGGAGUCUGCAACGAGGAAUUACUCAUGUCUGAACCAGCUGGGUGCCGGAGGAUUUGUAUGCCACAGGCAGAGUGACGUUCUGUGGGGAUAGGCGUUGUGGACUGGUGUCCAUAGGAACCUGACAUGAGAACGAAGUGCCGUUGAAUGAGUACGAACGAUCACUUUCAGUCAACACGCACGGUGCUGUUGCAUAUACAGCGAAACCUACCUCGAACUCUGAACCGCAAACGGAGGCCUUGGACUAAUGUCUAUGGGACUCAUGUGUGCGUUGCUGGACCGG